GACGGUAGAGGUGGAGGAGGAGGAGACAGCGGGGUGGGGUGAGAUGUUGUGUUGUGUUGUGUUGUGUUGUGUUGUGUUGUGAUGCUGAUGAUGAUGGCGUGUAAAGAAGGAUAUGGGCUUUUGAGAUGUGGGCGAGGGGGGGGGGUUAUGCUUGGGAUUGAUGGGUGGAUUGAUGGGUGGAUUGAUGGGUGGAUUGAUGGGUGGAUUGAUGGAUUGAUGGGUGGAUUGAUGGGUGGAUUGAUGGGUGGAUUGAUGGGUGGAUUGAUGGGUGGAUGGAUGGGUGGAUUGAUGGGAUGGAUGGGUUGGAUUGAGUGAGUGGAUGGGAUGGAUGGGAUGGGUUGGAUGGGGUGAAUGAAGGAACGAAGGAAGGAAAUGCCGUGAUCUACUCCCGCGUUUCUCUGUGUUUAGUGUUUCGGUGUUCUGCGUGCGGCGAUAUCUCUUGUCUCGGUAGAGU